AAUGCUAGAGAACGAUCAAAGCGAAGAUGAACGUAUUGGAAAACUUACAAUAUAUUAUUGUAAACAGUGUAAUUUGAAAUCGGAUAAUAAAAGUACAAUUAAGGAACAUAUAAAAACAUGCUUCAAAAACGAUUUAAUUACCGUCACAAUUGAAGAAACUGAUAUAAACCCAAUAAAACGACGUAAAUUUAAAAAACCACCUGAUUUCAUAGGGAAAAAGGAUCUAGAUUCAAUGCUAAUUUGCUUAGAAUGUCCCCAAUCGAAAUUCUACAAUUCUUACGAAUUGGAAAUUCAUCACAAAUGUCACUCAAACAUUAUAGGAUCUGGUCAAGAUAUUAUUUUAAGUUGUUUUCAUUGCGACUAUGGAUUAGGAGAGAAAGCCGAUUGGAGUCGUUUACGAAUUCAUCUUUAUCAAAUGCAUAAAAUAGAUUUUACAAUUGAAUGCAAGUACUGCCAAAAUAUAUAUCCAGUAGCAACCGAAUAUCAAAAGCAUUUAAAAGAAGUUCACUACAUUUGCUGUUCAAAAUGUAGCUUUAAAACAGAAUAUCAACAAAAUUUUGAAGCUCAUUCAAAGUGCCAUAUAAGAAAUAGCAAACAUUUUAGAUGUUUCAUUUGUGGUUAUUCAUAUAAUAAACUACCUAGUCGAUGGAGUCUUAUGGCUAAGCAUAUAAUUUUGCAUCAUCCGCAAACAGUUAUACCGCCAUAUCAGUGUCCAAAUUGUCAAGAAGGCUGCGCCGAAUUGCCAUUAUACUAUAAGCAUUUAAAACAUUGCCUAAAGAAGAGGGAGAACAGUAGUUAUAAAAUUCCAAAUAGAUCUGGGAAGAUUAAAAGAUUAGCUUACGAAGCGACAAAUAGUAGCUAUACAAUUCCCGAUGUUUCACAGUUAAUUUGUAUUGAAGAGGAUAUUAAUGCAGAAACUGGAAAAAACUGCACAUAUUAUUGCGAUGAACAUGACUUUCUUACUGAUAGUUUAUAUACAAUUUUACAUCAUCAUGGUCUAUUUCACUCUUUACAAAAUGAAGAUAAUCUGUCAACUCGUGAAGAUUUACUUAAACUCUUAGAUGAUAUGAAUACUAAACACGCUAAUGAGCCCAUUAUAUCUGAAUCAGAUACACCAAGGUGCUGUUAUUGUAAGAGGACAUUCUCUUCUAGAGAAGCUUUCAUUUUUCACUGGAGAAAAUCUCAUAGCGCCUUAGACGCUUACAAACGAUUCAAGUGUCAAUAUUGCGAGAAAAUAUUCAGAUCACAAGGUAGUCAACAAACACAUAUAUCACAAUUUCAUCGUCCAAAGAGCAAAUCCAAACUUGAAUGUUCAAAAAAAUCAAAAAUUGUUUAUGUAUGCGAAGAAUGUGGUUAUACAACUCCGGUAAAGAAGCGUUUAUCUAAUCAUCGUUUAUCUGUACACGAAGGAGUCAAACCGUAUAAUUGUUCAAAGUGCACAUUCAAGACCAACGAAGUUUCCGAUUUGAAAAGACAUUUGAAUAAACACGAUGGUUUACAAAAGUUCAAAUGUCAACUUUGUCCGUACGCCUCCUAUCAGAGAUUCUUAUUGGUGAAUCAUUGUUCAAGAACUCAUAAUAUUCAAUUACCCAGAGCUUCAAGAAAUACUUUGGGCAACAAUCGUAAUAUACGUUUUAGUAAUCGUGUAAAGAAUUCUUCAACUUUUGAAGAUAACGUUUAA